CCGUUGCCGCGACUGGCUUUGCGGAGAGGAGUUGGGGUCCGGGUGUGUGUGCGGACUCCGGGUGCAGCAGACCGAGUCGGGUGGCGCUGCCAGGUAAUAAUUCCAAGAUGCCAGGACGUUCCAGUUCAAGUUCAGGUUCAACUGGUUUCAUAUCCUUCAGUGGUGUAGAGUCUGCUCUCUCUUCCUUAAAAACCUUCCAAUCCUGUAUCAGCUCCGGAAUGGACACAGUGUCUAGUGUGGCUUUGGAUCUUGUGGAAACUCAGACUGAAGUGAGUAGCGAAUAUAGUAUGGACAAGGCGAUGGUUGAAUUUGCUAUAAUGGAUCGAGACCUAAACCAUUAUGUUAAGGCUGUUCAAUCUACAAUAAAUCAUGUAAAAGAAGAACGUCCAGAAAAAAUACCAGAUUUAAAAUUAUUAGUGGAGAAGAAAUUUUUGGCUUUACAGAAUAAAAGUUCUGACAUGGACUUUCAAAACAAUGAAAAAUUUGUACAGUUCAAACAACAGCUGAAAGAACUAAAGAAGCAAUUUUUAAAUCGAUAUGCAUCUAGCCCAGAGGUUGAUAUAGAACAGUUCUCUGAUGAUGGAACUGCCAGAAUGUUUUCCAAAGCGACUGCACCAUUUUACAUUCCCACCAGCAGUGUGUGAGGGUUCCAAUUGCUCCACGUCCUCGUCAACACUUGUUAUUAUCUGUCUUAUUGAUUAUAGCCAUCUUAGCGGGUGUGAAGUGCUAUCUCCUUUUGAUUUGCAUUUCCCUGAUGGGUUAAUAUUGUAAUAUUUAUUUUGCUAACUAAGGCAGAAGUUUUAAUCUUGUACUUUUAUAUGGAUACUGUCUUAAAUGACCAGAUCAACUUUCUCAAAACCAUAGCUCUGUACAAGACAAAUGCCAUUAUUUAUGGGAUUAGAGUUAUAUCUGGAAAAAACUCAAGGUAAAUGAUUUGGAGUUAACAGUACACACUCACCUGGGAUGUGGGUUUUUGAAUUCACUCACAGUGUUCCAGGGCUUUUAUCUGAGUUGCUCAUGUACUAUUGUAUGACAUUUACUGGGUAAUCCAGACAGCACUUUGAUUAAAUCCACAGUGUGAUGUCACCCAGUAAGCACUUGAAAAUGGAGAUGCAUGUCUCUUCUGGUUUUAUCAGUCAAGAUUAGAAGUGGUUCACAGCACAGUGAACUUUUUCUCCUGUGUUCUGUCAGUCUGUGUUUCAUUGUGGGCCAAUAAUCUGUCACCUGAAACUACUUAAAAUAGGUUGGGCUUUCUUGAAUGUUGUGUUGCUGUGAUGACAUUGGAUCUUGGCUGCAGAAGAAGGGAAAGAACCUUUCUUUGACUUUUGGUUGCCUCCAUACCCCUUGUUUCCAGUAACUGCACUGCCACUUUUAGCCCUUAGCUUAUAUUUCUAGGCUGUUCUCUGUACUAGUUGUACCUUCCAUCUCUUUAUCUUUUGGAACUCCUACUCUGGUGAUCUUUGUGUUUCUGACAAAGAAAGAAAAUUGAUACAGGACUUGRAAGAAGGUAUCAAGAGUUUCAUCUUCUUGAUUUCACCAGCCACAGAUAUGUAAAAAGAGCAUCCACAGCUGGGUACAGUGGUGCACGCCUGUUAUCCUAGUGACUUAGCAGGCUGAGGCAGGGACAUUGC